AUAUUGAUGUUUACAUUAAAAAAUAAAUAUACUCGCGAUCCGUUCGAAACAGCUGAUAACGAUUAUUAUAAUAUUUAUUAAAUUAUUAUAUGCAAUUUUAAUAGUUUAUAUUGUUUAUAUAUUAUUAUGUUCCUGUCGACUAACGAUUUCUCAUAUAAAUAUAUAAUCACAUAUAUCAUGAUGAUAUUAUAAUGUACAGUAAAGUAAACUGUUUUUUUCUAUAGUAAAGUUGUACACAGACACAGUACACCGUCGUUUGUCCAACUCGAAUACUGAAUAGUCUACCUUUACAACUGUCACUGAAUAAAUAUUAAUAUUUUUUUGCGUAACUGCCCGAGUGCCGUAGUGGUGCCAUAGUGGUGCCGUCCGCCGCAUUAUCACUUAGUUAAUAAUAGUAAUAAUAAUAUUCAAUUUAAUCUAAUUUUCAUAUUUAUUUUAUAAUAUUAAAUUAUUAAACCGUAAAGGGUAAUAAAGUAGUUGUACAGUUGCGAUUGUCUGAUAGAUUGCAUGUCCCGAAGUGAUCAAUUUUAUUAUUUUCGUAGUCGUACUGCUGUCAAAUAAUGAUGUGAUAUCAGUUAGCAUUGUCGAAUGUAUAUAAAUUCACUGUAGUUACUAGUUAUCAUAUUAAAAUUCGUCUUGUAGUUUGAGCUAUUAUACUUGUAAGCAGUGACUAUAACAGUAUUAUACACACAAUGUUGGAUUUACAAGAACCAAAGUCUAAAAAACCAGCUGAUACAGCAUUCAAACAACAACGGCUGCCUGCAUGGCAACCAAUUCUAACAGCACGCAAUGUAAUGCCCAUAUUCUUUGCAGUUGCAGCAGCAUUUAUUCCAAUCGGCAUAGGUUUACUAUACCUCACAAAUAUGGUUCAAGAAUUUACUCUUGAUUAUACCCACUGCAAAUCAAUUGAUGAUCCGAAACAGCGAUCUUGUGCAGAUAUCAUUGGUAGCAAUCGCAACAUGUCUUGUCAUUGCAGUAUUCCAUUUAAGUUGGAAGAAGAUUUUGCUCCUAAUGUUUACAUGUACUAUGGAUUAACCAACUAUUAUCAAAACCAUCGGCGUUAUGUAAAAUCAAGGGACGAUUUUCAGUUGCUUGGAAAACUAAGCAAAACUCCAUCUAGUGACUGUGCUCCAUAUGAUUAUCACAACAACAAGCCAAUUGCCCCUUGUGGAGCUAUUGCCAAUUCAUUAUUCAGUGAUAACUUAAUAUUGAUGUACAGUGAACGAAUUGUUCCAUUGCUUCGAACACAAAUUGCUUGGAAAUCUGAUAAAAGUAUCAAAUAUCAUAAUCCAGAACAUUCAGAAGGAAAUUUGAAAGAAGCAUUUAAAGAUUUUGAAAAACCAAUUGACUGGCGUGUUAAUAUAUGGGAAUUGGAUAAGGAAAAUGAAUUGAACAAUGGUUUUGAAAAUGAAGAUUUGAUUGUUUGGAUGCGAACUGCAGCACUUCCAGAUUUUCGUAAACUAUACAGGCGUAUUGAUCAUUCCAAGGAAUUUAAAAAUGGAUUACCUAAAGGACAUUACAAAUUAGUCAUAGAUUAUAAUUAUCCAGUAGCAGGCUUUGGCGGAACAAAAAGUUUGAUACUGUCCAACACUUCAUUUACAGGGGGCAGAAACUUAUUUCUUGGAUAUGCUUAUAUUGUUGUUGGAUGUUGCUGCUUUUUAUUAGGGUUAUUGUUUUUAAUUCUUCAUAUCAAAUAUAAACCCAGUGCGAAUACAGGAGAUAUUUCCGUUGUUUCGCCAUCAACAUCUUAUCAGUGAUUUUAGUAUAGUUUUUUCUUUAUUGAAGAAGUAAUUCCUUGUGUUUUUUGCACGUACAAAAUAUUAAAUUGGGCUGUGCUUCAAUUAGCAACUAAUGAGCUUUAUAAGGCAAUGUGAUAUAUAUAAAAAAAUCAUACUUUAAUUUAUCACAAUUAUAUAAUCACAAUUGACCAAUAUCUAAUUUAUAUUAAAAUGUACUUAUAAGUUAAACUAUAAUAGGAAUUAUUUUAGCAUAAAAUAUAUCUAUAGUAAAUAUUAUAACACCAUAUAACUUAAAUCAGUUGAAUCCGAUUACCAUUAUUAAUUUGUAUUAUUAUGUAUUAAGAAACACUGUCACUGAAAUAAGUCUCGAUAAUUUGUUAAAAUUUGUUAUAAUAAUAAUUUGUUACCUUUAUAAAACAUUGUUGAGCUUUAAACUAUAUAUUUGCACAAUCUUUUAAUGUAAAAUUAAUAGUAAAUAAGAAUUUUAAUUAUGUGUCUAGUCAUAGGGGUUAACAUUUGUUAGCUGUUCAUAAGACUUAAUUUUAGAACAAUAUAAGCUUAAAGCUUAUUUUAUUAUUUGUUUACACUUAAACAUUAAACAAUAAUAUAUUUGUUGAUUUAUUUCUUAUUUUGUAA